CCAAGACCAAGACAUAUACCGGCCGGCAGGUCGGUCGGCUGCUAGCUGCAGCUUCCUCCAGAUUUCUUCCUCGAUAUGGGGAUGCAAUGGGGACCACAGUUCACUGGGAAAAUUGGCCAGUACAUGCACAGCAUGGACAUGAGCGACGGGGGCAAGAAACAGGAGGCGGCGGCGGAGCACUACGGUGCUGCUGGAUACGUAUACAACGUGCAUGCGCACGGAGGAGCUGCUGCUGCUGGCGGCGGUCCUCCAGCAUAUCACCAUCAAUCGUCUGCUGGUGGAUACGCAUACAAAUGGAGCACUCCUCCUCGGAAUCAUCCGCCGCCGGCGUACGGCGGGGCGUACGAUGAGUACCAUGCUCAUCAGAAGCCACCAGCGUAUGGUGGUGACAUUGGCGCCGGCGGCGGCGGCGGGUAUCCUCAAAACCCACCAGCGUAUGGUGGUGGCGGCGGCGGCGGGUAUCGUCAAAACCCACCAGCGUAUGGUGGUGGUGGGUAUCCUCAAAACCCACCAGCGUAUGGUGGCGGCGGCGACGGCGGGUAUCCUCAAAACCCACCAGCGUGUGGUGGUGGUGGUGGUGGGUAUCCUGCUCCUGAACGUGGAGGAUGGGACGAUGGGCGCCCUCCUCCUCGAGAGCAGCAGCCGCCGCCAGGCUACCCUCCUGCUCGUCCCGUGGAGUGUGAUGAACGACACCCUCCAUCACAGCAGAAGCCUCCUCCUUCAUGCCAGGAAGUGGACAAGAAGCCGCAACCAGCAGAGAACCAGCGGGAACCACCACCAGAUCAUGCAGGUAGCAAAGAGACCAACAAGCAGGACGUGGCUGCUUGGAAGCCGAAAGCGAGUCCCAAGCAUGAGGGCAACAAGCCUCCGGCCACAGACGUACCUCCUCAAAAACAGCCGCCGUAUGGGUACCCUCACCCGGGUUGGGGCGGUGGUGAGGGUGGCUACUAUGGCGGCGGCGGCGGCGGCUAUCCUCCACCGCCAUACCAAGCAGGCGGCUAUCACGGCGGGGGCGGCUAUGGCGGGGCGCACAUGGGGUGGCCAGCGCCAGCACCUCCCGCCGGUGCUUAUGCUGGCUAUGGAGCAUACCACGGCGGAUACGGCGGCGGCCAUGGCGGUGCUGGUAGUUACGCGGGCAACGGCAAGUACACGCUCCGAAACGAGGGCAAGUUUAAGCACUACGCUCACCUCCAUGGCAAAUUCUAACUACAAGCAUAUAUAUAUACCAUGACGCAGUACGUACACGCCCGGCCUGAUGCAUAUAUGCAUGCAUGGAUGGCUAAUACGUGCAUACGUGCCUACUGAUUAAAUAAAGUUUGUUACGCUGCACAUCUGCAUGCAUGGUGCAGUACGUACACCCUUAGCUAGUGUGAUAUGCAUGUUUACCAGCUACCUACUGUACUCCUCAAUUAGCAGCGUGAUAUAUAAUUAUAUACCCCUUCUUCAUAUCCUAGCUAGCUACGAAGACCUAGCUCUAUCUUGCAAGAUGCAUGUAAGCAAGUAUGUAUGUAAUUAUGUACUCUCGUCCUCGUUCUUUUUUAUUUGUCGCGUUUUAGUUUAAAAAUAAACUAGCGGACGACAAAUAUUCAAGAAUGGAGGAAGUAUAUAUACGUAUGUAAACCAAUCUCUAGCGUUCUGCUCGUAAUAAGAUACCCAUCUUUUUUAUGUAUCAAUCGCUGAAUAAUAAUUAUACUGAUGCUGACUG